AUGUCAACAGGUGCCGCCAUCGGCAUUGAUUUAGGAACGUCCUUCUCGUGCGUUGGCGUGUUCGAUCACGGCAGGGUGGAAAUCGUAGCCAACGAUCAGGGUCACCGCACAACGCCCAGUUGUGUGGCCUUCACAGACAAGGAGCGUUUAUUCGGUGGAGCUGCAAUGAACCAGAUGGCAAUGAACCCCACCAAUACAGUGUUCGACGUGAAGCGUCUGAUUGGACGUACUUUCGACGACGAGGCAGUGCAGGAUGGCAUGAAGCACUGGCCCUACAAAGUUGCAAAUUCAAAAGGGAGGCCUAAGAUCGAGGUAGAGUAUUGUGGUCAAACAAAGAGAUUACUUGCUGAGCAGAUCUCAUCAAUGGUGUUAGUGAAGAUGAAGGAGAUAGCAGAGGCGUAUUUGGGCGAGAAGGUCACAGAUGCGGUGAUCACUGUACCAGCAUACUUCAACGUCAAGCAACGUCAGGCUACGAUUGACGCAGGGAAAAUAGCGGGUCUGCAUGUGCUGCGUCUCAUCAACGAGCCGACUGCAGCUGCCAUUGCAUACGGUUUGGAGAGGAGGGACAAGAGGCAGUGCAAUGUGCUCGUCUUCGAUUGGGGUGGUGGCACCUUCAACGUGUCCAUCCUGUCCAUCGCAAAUGGCACAUUUGAGGUGAAGGCAGUAAGUGGUGACACGCACCUGGGUGUGUAUGAGAUGUUCAUUUUCGGAGGUGAAAGUAAACCUGUUAUGCCCGAUCCAGAGGUCGGAGGUCAUAGGCAAGCGGGUGAGGCGCAUAUGAGCAAUGGCUUGAGUGUAGUAAAAGCAGAGAUGGAUGAUCCGAACUACGCUCGGAUCCCCUGCAUUGUGUAUACAGUAUCACUAAUGGAGGACUGA